AUGUUUCUUCGCGUUCGCGGCAAUGGCGCCUCGCCAGAGAAUUCGCAGGCGCUACUGGUUCAUCUGCGGGGCUUUCGCCUUACAAACACACGUCCACCCGCGGUGGACUUCACACUGAGCGGUAAAACCCAACCUAUGAUUUUCUCUCACUUCCAUGUGGGUGUUCAGGUUCCUGAUGUUGACAAUAAUGCGGAGGUGAACGCGCAGUUGUGCAGUGCCGUGUGGAGGGAGAUCUGGAACAUGUACGACAUAGUAUAUGACGAUUUGUGUAUCUUUCCUCCGAAGGCAAACGUAACCACCACCUUCUUUUCUUCCAGUUUCAGCGCUGGUAGGCAGUCGGAUCAAAACCUGGGCUCGACAGGAUAUACUCAACUAACAUCGCGUACCUCAUCUCAGACACCAGUUGUUGUUACACAUUACUUCCCACCCGAACUAAUUCAGUUCCGACUCUCGAAGGACGUGAAUUUUGGGGAGGUGGUUGUGUUAGACGUCUCGUACAUUCUGCUGGAGGAAGCAGCCACCAAGAUUGCUGUUGAGGUGGCGUGGCUGGCCGCCUAUGCCUCGCUUCGUGGGGUGUUUAACCGAAUAAAACAUGUGGUAGUGCGGUUGCCGUAUGAUUGUAUCGUUGGCUGCGAGAAAAAGAACCCCAUCGUGCAGGAGGGUUUGGACUUUUUAGCUGAACAUCUCACUCUCUGUGCACGUGACUUUGUGAAGAGUGGCUCCUCGUGCGCUGUUGAUGUGCACUUUGUCGGUUCAACUGCUGCCGAGCUUGUGUCUACGCUAAGGCGCCUCAGCGAUACCUCGUCUGUGGGAAGCGGCUCCGGCCCCCAGUUGACGGCGCCACCAGUUGUUUUUGUAGGAGAUCAUCACCAGAAGGGGAAACCGAUGGAGGAUGUGCAGAUCAUUUCGUCAUCUCUGGGGAUUGGGCUGGGAUUGGAGCUAGUGCCACUAAAGGGAUUCAUUAGUGGUGAGGAUGUUAAGUGGGAUGAGGCAACAUCGAGGGAGAAUCAGGUGCUUAACUUCUGCCCGUGUUGCGGACACUGUGGUGGGCACUAA